AUGUGGACAGCCUUUCCGCUCACCGACGGAAACUUUAACAGCGAUAGGCAUCUUGGCAAAACUGCUGUAAUCGAUGCAGAACUUGUACAGCUACGUAUAGCUAUAGCUGCUCUUCAAGAGACUCAAAUAGCUGAUGAAGGGUAUCUGCGUAAAUCCAACUACACGUUUUCCUGGAAGGGAAGGGACUCAUCUGAGGCUCGGCAGCACGGAGUAGGUUUUGCCAUGAGGAAUGAUUUUCUGAACAGUGUCGAAGGUUUCAGAGGCGUUUCCAUACGGAUCAUGGUGUGUAGAUUCAACACCGAUAGUGGAUUUAUAACACUAAUGUCAGCUUACGCUCGAACCUUGUCAUCUUCUGCCGAACUUAAGGACAUUUUCUAUUAUCGGCUUAGUCGCACAGUACGAGAAGUUCGUUCAGGCGAUCGCCUUAUUAUAUUGGAGUAUUUUAAUGCGCAAGUGGGUCAGUCACAAACAUCUUGGCCGGAAUGUGUCGGUAGUCACGUUGUUGGUAAGAUCAAUGAGAACGGACAGCGCCUCUUAGAAUUCUGCUCUCAAAAUUUGCUAUGCGUCACUAACACAUACUUUAAAGGUAUAUUCACUCGCAAAGUGUCAUGGAAGCAUCCUCGUUCUGGUCAUUGGCAUCAGUUUGAUGUCACUUUCACGAGGAAGAAAGAUCUGCGGGAUAUUCUUUACAGCCGAACAUUCUAUAGCGCUAACUGUGACACCGAUCAUUCACUCGUCGUCACCACGGCCUCUUUUUAG